GGUCAUGCUAAAAUGUCAGGAUGGUGUCCUUGCUAGCAUAGCGGAGACACCCUCCUGACACACCUUGCCAGAUUGUUUACAGGACUGGGAUCGACAGUGCUGGAGAACACCAAAAUACAAAAUAAACACGUGCCGCUCGGUUUGUUUUGCCCCGGGACGGGCCUUAAUUUGACUUUAGAUCUGUUUGGCCGAUCCCAGAUGAGCACCCAGAAGCUGGAGUACGACGCAGCCGUGGGCGGUCGCGUGACCCUGCCAUCGCACGUGACCACGUACCACUACGCGUCCGGGGCGCUGCAGGAGAUCCGGAACCUGGUGGCCGACUGCCAGGAGACGACGCAGCGGAGCAGCAAGCUGAUCUUCCAGACGCUGCCCAAGCACAUGCGCCGCCGGGCGAUGUCGCACCACCCGAAGCGCCUGCCGCGCAAGUACCGCCAGGCACACAAGUCCCAGAUGGGCAAGGGCGGCAACCAGCCCGUGAAUAGCAAACGCCCCUCGAGGAAGUACCGCCGGCGCCCCAAGAACCUGAUGCGGGAGUACGUGCGCCGGCAGAGGCGCCACGUCUGGCUGGAGACGCACAUCUGGCACGCGAAGCGAUUCCACAUGGUUGACCGCUGGGGCCACCGGCUGGCCUAUGCCAGCUGCGACAAGACCUACCGCGCCUGCUAUCGCGCCAGCUCGGAGCACUGUCUGCUGCAGGACAUCUCGUUUUACUGCUGCGUGGAGCUGCGAGGGCCCUUGGACCUCCUGCGAAAGGGAUUCGACCGGCUAACCAGUCCGCAGUGCGGGGUGGGAAUCACGGCCAGAACGUUUUUAAGUGGACGACGAGAGGGCAGCGUGGAGUUGUUCAGGGACGGCCGCUAUCCGCAUGGAGGUCUGCAGCGGGCCAGCUUCAUGUGGCGGCCACGGGGAACAGAGGAGGACCAGGAGGAUCACACGCUCUGGCUGUGGUUGCAUCCCAGUGGCGCCCAGGCCACUCUGAAGGAACUGAUCGGCGUGUUCCAGCUUAAGUCCACAAAACAACAAGUGUUGCCCUUAAAGGAGGAAGUAGAAGAGCAAAAGAUGGAGGUUGAGUCAGAGGAGUUGUCCAAGGAAAAGCAAGAGAAUCUCAGCGAGAAGAGCCAAGGCAAGAACCUUCGCUUUUGGACACAAACAAAAGCCUUUGAACUACAGCCCAGUUACUCCAACUCCGAGAACACCCUCCGAUUGGAAACGUUGCAGCGGGAGUUCAAUCGUUUCCGCUUGACAGGCCCCAGAGCGCAACGCGUUUUGCUUGCUAGCUUGCGUCCGCAUCAACAGGGGGAGCUCCAGGACCAAGCCAACUACUGCCAGUCAGCCUUGCAGCUGAGUUCACCCGCAGAACUGCUUUCCAACCUGGUGAUGGGCCACCAGGUGGUGGAUCCGCGCCUACAGCGACCGAAAAAGCGCACGAAAGCAGAGGGGAAAGCGGUGCAGACGCUCUGCGCCGGCGAUCUUCUCGUGGACCAGCCAAAGAGUCUGCCGGAAAGUCCAUUGUGGAGCAAGGAGGCGAGGGAACGGCUGGCCCAGAACAUCAUGUCCACGCACACGUACGAUCAGCUGCGUCAACAGCAUGCCGUGGUGCCUGGAGCUCCCUGUGCCUUCGAACAGAAAAUGCAGGCGGUUCCUCUGAUUCUCGUUCAAAGACCAGGCUCCCAAGACCCCAGAUACAAAAGACUGGCCUACGGUUGCGGCUGGGAUGUGAUUGCGCCGGCUGGAUACGGCAUGGCCCUUUGGUUGACGCUCACCAUGUGGGGCGCAAGGCCGGGCGGGUUGAGGGAACUGGAUUCGGUGGCUAGGGAGGCGGGUGCCGAGAUGCAUCUGCCGGAUACAAUACCAGGACUCCAGCAAGCUGCGUCUGCAGCGGAUGAGCACCGUGUCAGCUACUUCCGGAUGCCGCCCAAUAAGCGCACCAACUACCGAAGACUGGCGGUGGUCAGUCCGUUCAGUGCUCCCUGGAAGUACUUAGUGCGCGACUGGAGUCCACCUUCCAGUUCUGCCAGCGGAUCAUCAUUCUAUGUGCUGCGCCAUCGCCAGCAGCUGGAGGAGAUUGCCGAGAGCAUUCGACAACGUAGACCGCUACCGGAGCCACUGCCCGAGGAGGCACUCGUGCAGAUCCAACUCCGGCUUGUAUCCCGUGGCUAUGUAAAAAGCAACGCCUUGAUUUGCCUGCCCACGGCAGAGGAUCACAUGCAGCGUUGGCGACAGAUUAAGCGCGAUGACCAGGCCCCGGUCUACGUUGAGCCACUGCAACCGGAUUUGAAUGAACAGCUGCGCAAGGAUCUGCGCCAGAGUCACAAGCUCAAGCUGAAGCGAUUACGGUCGGGGAGGGUGCGUGAAAAGCGGAAGCUUCAGGAGACUGCCACCCAUCGUGUUCACAUACGGCCAGCAAACACAGCCCACCUGGUUCAUGCCCAGCUGCAGCAGAUGUGCCAGCUAUGGCUGCCGACCCAUCCGGCGGAGAUGCGCGACAGCGUGCGCCGCCAAUGUAGUCGGCAAGUCUUUGGCUAUGUGAGCUCGGCCGGCUUCAGCUUUACGGAGGCCCUUGUCUGCGCCGUGGGAUACGUCACCCCCGCUGGUCUGCAGAAGCUCGUCGGGGAGCUGCCGAACUGCAGGGGUCACCAGAAACAGCCGCCCCUAAUGUGCCUGCUGCGCGACCCUGAUAGCCGGGACUACCGCUGGGCCAGCUUCCAGAUCAAUCUGAACGUGGCUAGUCCAGCCUUUUAGUCUUAUAUUAAGUACUUCUAGUUGUUAGCCAACGAUGUACCAAAUAUCUUAAUGCAAUUAUAUAGCAUUACUAUCACUAAGUAUUAAUUACUAAGUUCUGCAAUGCUGCAUUUUCAAGAAACCUGGCUUUGAAGCAAGGUAUUUUUGACUAAUUUUUGACGGAUUUUCGCAAAAAUAGACGAUGUUACCCCUUAUAAAAAAUGUGAAAUUUAGUCAAAAAAUAAAUUUUCCGGAAUGUGAUGGACAUCGGUAGCCUAGGUUGUAAGCUGCUCAACACAGUCGGUCUUUCGGCUGUGCGCCUCGUUUUGACCAAGUUACGACUGAAAAACUGCAAAAAAAUAAGGUGUUUUUGUCUAAAAUCCUUCUACCUAUUUUUUCACCCAAACAAACUAGGUUUUUUUGCCAUCAUUUUGCGAAACAGGGUCGGAAUUGGGAAUGCCAUACCUCGUUGAGCUCAUUAUUAAAUUCCCAAUCGAUUGGCAUUCAAACCCGGAAACUUUAAUUUUUGACGGAUUUUCGCAAAAAUAGACCCCUUAUACCCCUUAUAAAAAAUGUAAAAAUUGGCCAAAAAAUAAAUUUCCCUGAAAGUAAUUGAAUCUGUUAGCCUAGGAUGUUAGCUGUUCAAAACUGUCGGUAUCUUGGUUGUAAGUCUUGAUUUGGCUAAACUACGACAUAAAAACCCGCAAAAAUUGAAUUUUUGACCUAAAUCUGAAUUUCAAAAAAACCUGGUAUAGCCCCUUAUAAAAAGUGCAAAAAUUGGUCAAAAAAUGUAUUUCCCUUAAAAUGAUUGGGAUUGUUGGCUUAGGAUAUUAGCUGCUCGGCAACGAAGUCUUUACAUGUUUUGAAGCGGUACUCCCCUAGUAAAGCCUUAAAAACUGAUCGUUGGCCACCUAGGUGAAAU